AUGCCAAGAUCUGUGGGGGAGGUGCUAUAGGCACGACGGGAUCGCCGGAUCUGUGGCCGCCGGCUUCGCCUUCUUCCAGGCUGCCACCGGAUCUGGGGAACCGAGAGGCCGGCCACCGUCUUCUUUCUCGGCCGCUCGGCGUGCUCUGUCUCUCCCUGUUUCGCUGCUGCUGCAGCUCUUAGCCGGGCCGGCCAGAGAGAGACGACCAGCGGAUCGCCUGGGGAAGAAAGAGGAGGUGAAGGUGGAGAUAGAGAUCGGAAGGGAUAAGGAGUGUUUCCCAUGGGGAACUGCUUAGGGGGCAGCUCCUACUCCUACGUCAACAAGGUCUCCUCCACUGCAAGGCCGGGCUCACAAUAUUCUGGAAGCUAAAGACUCAACCAGCAGCUCUAAGCCUGCAAGCUCUGGGUCAGUUCUGUUUUAAAUCAAUACAACCAAGGGUACGCCAAGCUGCCGCCGACCGCGCCGACGGCCAAGCCGCCGCUGACCCGGAUUCAUCUGCACCAACAGAUCACAGAGUCACAGAGAAACAUCUCGAGAUGUCUUCUCUUCAGUUAGAGGCCUCUGGCACAAGUGAGAGUACUGAUAAUAGUUCGUCACAAACACCAAAUAGAAGGGCACCAAUCUGGGAGUAUUAUGAGCCGGAAUUGGUCAGGAUAGAUGGUGCACUAAAAGCAAUUUGCAAGUACUGUGGAACAAAGUUGAUUGCAAACAGGAAAUCAGGUACAAACAGCCUUAGAACUCACAUUGCAGAGUACUGCCCCAAAGUCCCUAGUGAUGAUAGGAACAGAUUUGUCGCUACAAUGAAGAAAAAGCCAGAUGGUCCAUUCACCUUUAAUAAGCAGAGAAGUCGCGACCUGAUGAUUGCUUGGAUUGUUAGAGCUGAUGUAGCAUUCAACAAGUUUGAUGAUGAAGGUUUUGAGCUUUGGAUGGAGUCACUGCAACCCACUUUUAGCGGCAUAGGGAGACAAACGAUUCGUAAUGAUUGUGUUGCUAAGUUUGAGAGAGCAAAGAUAGAAUUACGAAGUGAACUUCAGAGUCUUAGCUCUCGCAUAUGCUUCACUUCGGAUCUUUGGACAUCAAACCAAAAGUUGGGAUAUCUUUGUGUUACAACCCACUAUAUUGGCCCUGAUUUUGUUUUGAAGAAAAAGAUAAUUGCAUUUAAGGAUGUGAAGUAUCCACAUACAGGUGUUGCUAUUGAGGAAGCCAUUACAACUAUUCUGACAGACUAUGGAAUCAAAGAGAAGAUGUUCACAAUAACACUGGACAAUGCAGCAAACAACAAGACAGCUUGCGAUCUUCUGCAAGAAAGCGGAAAGCAAGACAUGUUAUUUGGUGGUGAGCAUCUUCUUGUUAGAUGUUGUGCUCAUAUACUCAACAUUCUUGUGCAAGACGGUAUGAAUGUUGCUAGUGCUGUGAUAGAAUUGAUAAGAGACCUGAUUAUGAACAUUAACUCAUCACCAGCGCGUAUCCAGAAUUUCAAUGAGAUAGCUCAAAGAGAAGGUCUUGCUGCAAAGGCUGGUUUAGUCCUUGAUGUUCCAAAUCGUUGGAACUCAACAUAUGCCAUGAUUAUGGAGGCAGCAAAGUACAAGACUGUCUUGAAGCGAUAUGCCAAAACAAACCAGCAACCAUUUCCAUCCGAAUCUGAGUUUAGUAUAGUUGAGUCCAUUGGUGAAUUCCUUCGAGUUUAUGAAGAAACUACCAGGGCGUUCUCAGCUGAUAGAUAUCCAACAUCCCACAUGUUCCUGGAUAAUGUGCUUUGCAUCCAUCAAACUCUGAGAAGUCCAGAAUGGCACAAGGAUCAGUUUAUCACUGAUUUGGCAAAUGCAAUGGAUAAGAAAUUUGAUAAGUAUUGGAAUGGAAAUUACAAUAUGCUCCUUCCUAUUUGCAGCAUACUUGAUCCAAGAAAGAAACUUGACCUCCUUGACUUCUUCUAUGAGAAAGUGUGCAGCAACUUUAUUGACAUUGAAAUUAGCACAAAUAUGGUUAAAGAGUGGCUUCACAAGUAUUUUAGGAAGUAUGAAGAGGUUAUAAGAAGAAAUAAAACAAAUGUGGUGUCACAAACUGCACAGUCCACAAACAUGGUGAACCGUUCUCCAGUGCUAGUGCUUGGAAAAAAAAGACUGGAACAAGAAUUUGCUGAAUACAGGAAUCGGAGGAGAGGGAUUAGGAUUGAAAAAUCAGAACUUGAUGCAUAUCUAGAAGAGCCACCAGUGAGACCAGAUGAAAGAUUUGAAAUUUUGACUUGGUGGAAAACAAACUCCAACAAGUAUCCUGUGAUGUCAGCAAUGGCACGUGAUUUUUUAGCAAUUCCACUCAGCACUGUUUAG